GCCGUGCCACACUAUGCGUUUUGGCGGGUCCGGUUUGGCCGUACGCUUUUAGACAGGAUGACGCGUAGAUGCCACAUCUAUGCGUUUUUCUAAUUGAAAACGUUCCUUCAGUUUGCUUCGUAGGUCAAAUUAUUUGAAUAACGCGAUAGACGUGGCAUCGAAAACACCAACCGAAGUAUCUGCAACUACUUACUUUUCUAACAUCGUUCUGAAUGUAAUUAGUAAUUUUACUAUACUAUAAAAUAUUUUAUUUCAAAAAAUUACAGUGAGCGAUUUAUUUAUUAAGUGCGUACUGCGUAUUUAUAUUAAUCAAGCGUAUUAAAUUAAAAGUUUGAUAAUUCUACACAAAAUGAAUCGUAAAAAAGUUAAAGUCAUUGCAGCAGCUGAAGCACUUGGUUUAUUGGAUAAAAUUAAAUCAGAAAGAAGGUACUGGGUACAUCCUCUCAAUGUGGAACGAGAAAAAACGGGACAUUUCAAAGAUUUUUUUGAAAACAUAAGGCGUUAUCCACAAAAAUUUUUCGAAUACUAUCGCAUGUCAAUUUCGAGUUUUGAUGAGUUAUUAGAAAUUCUACGUCCACAUAUAACUAAAACCACCACAGUAUUUCGUAAUCCAAUUUGUGCUGAAGAACGGCUUACAAUUACUUUGAGAUAUUUAUCAACUGGUACGUACUUUGCCGCUCUAAAAUUCGAUUUUCAAGUAGGAAGAAGUACAAUCGGAGUUAUUGUAAGAGAAACAUGUCAAGCGAUUUGGACCAAUUUACAUUUAAUAGAAAUGCCUGCACCAACUACUGACGAAUGGGUGGAAAUAUCAAGAAUUUUUUAUUUGAAAACUAAUUUCCCCAAUUGUCUCGGAGCAAUAGAUGGAAAACAUAUAAGAUGUAAAAAUCCUAACAACUCAGGAUCUUUGUUUUUCAACUACAAAAAAUUCUUUUCGAUAGUAUUGAUGGCUGUAGUGGAUGCAAAUUUGAAUUUUAUUUCAAUUGAUGUAGGAUCUUACGGCCGUGAAGGAGAUUCUAAUAUUUUUAAAGAGUGUCCAUUUGGUAAACUAUUAUAUGCCGAGAAAUUGAAUAUUCCAGAACCAACUAUAUUACCAAAUACAAAUAAUAGCCCUCAACCUUAUGUGUUUGUUGGAGACGAAGCUUUCGCGUUACACACAAAUUUACUAAGGCCUUAUCCAGGGCGUAAUAUUAACGAUACUCGGAGAGUAUUCAACUAUAGAUUAUCACGAGCAAGGCGCACAGUUGAAUGUGCAUUUGGAGUACUUGCUAAUAAAUGGCGUGUAUUACACACAUCGAUACAAGUAGAACCAGAUUUUACGGAUGAAAUUGUCAAAGCUUGUUGUAUUCUGCACAACUUCGUCCGUAAGAGAGAUGGUAUCAAUUAUGAAGAUUCUGAAAACAACAGUUUAGACGACAUUGAAACCCACGGAGUAGGGGCUCGUUCACAAGGUGUUGGUGUAAGGGAUUACUUCGCUAACUAUUUUAUGGGCCCAGGAGCAGUAGAUUUUCAGUACAAAGUACUUUAGUUUAUUAUUAAUAUAACUUAAUUAACUGCAGAUUUUAAGAGACCAACAAUAAUGUAUCAUUAUUUUUAAGUAGGUACUUAUUUUUUUUUAUAUAAAACAGUAUUACAUUUUUUAUUUGUAUUUAUAUUUAGAUUUCUGUGCUUUCUGUACUAAAAUUAUUAUUUCUAACUAUUAAAAUAUUAAUACUUAUUAUAAUAAUUGAAUAAUAUACAAGGUUCUUACUUACCUGUGUUUUUUUU